AUGAAUCGUUAUAAUGUAUACAUGGAAAACUUGAAGCGUAGCAGAAACGUCGCGUUAGGAAUAUUAGAUGAUACGAAAGAUAUUAUAGAAGGAGGCUCGGGACAGAGCCCCGUCACUAACAUUAGGCUAAGGUCCCCGAACGGAGACGUUAAGGCUUUAAGUGCACCUAGUUCAAGUAGAGCGGACAAGAGGCCCGCGGAGUACGUGAAGUACGGCAAGAUAACCUUCAACACCACGGCAAUAUUACAUCACUAUCCGCAGAGACAGACCGACUACGGCAGUGAGCACGCUGCCAACAACAGAACUGACAGAAAACACACGGCUGAUGAAGUGGAACCAGAUAAUAACAACGAGCUCCGGCCCGACUCACGACGCACUGAAGUAGAUGUUAAGGAAACUAAAGUUAAUGAUAACAAUAAUGAUACGACUAAGAUGAAACGAGAGAUCACACAAAUAACAAGAAAGACCUUCUGUUAUCACAAGUGGCCGAGGUUCGAGCUCUGUACUGAAGUGAGUUUUGGAGUUCCGUUGGUGUAUGAUGAGGUGAGGAGGGAAAAUAUGACCGAGGAGGAGAGGAACAGGUUCAGUGAAGAAGACCUGACUGACAUGUGGAGCUUGUACUCAGAGAGGGAUCCAUUCGCGGCUAGACUUAGGAGAUUGGGGAUUGAGGAGUAUCAAAUCCCUGAUGAUCAAGGUGUGUUGUCCUUGUGGCUGGUGGUGUCCGCUGGUGUUGUUAUCUCUGCAGCGCUGUUGGCGCUUGGUCUGUGGCGCUUCAGCUGCUUCGAAGACUACACCAGGAUGCCGGUGUACGGUGACACGGACAGCCUGACUGAGAAGCGAACCCUGGACCUGUACCCUACUCCUCACCAGACCCUGCCGCCUCUGUUUGAGACGGACUACAAGUGGUCGGAGGACUUCACCGGACAUAAAGCCGACCUCGGGUUCACCAACCACAGUUUCCUCUCAGAAGGCAUGUUCGACCCUCGUGGAGAGCGACCCUCGGCCCGCGACAGGAACUCCGGUUUCAGUCCUCGUGACGUGUACGACAUCUGA